UAUAGAAUUGGUUUGAAUAACAACAGGGGUGGCUAUUUGUACGGCGAUAGAAUGGCUGAAACAAGAUUUAUUGACGAGCUUCGGAAAGAGCUAAAUUGCCCCUCGUGUGGAAACAUCUUGACAACUCCCAAGUCACUCCGUUGCCUUCAUACUAUUUGUCUAGGGUGUAUCACAAAGAACCAAACGCCAGGCUUAAAUAAUAACRUGAGAUUCAUCUGUCCUGAAUGCAACAUUGAAACAACUUUACCAGARGGAAAUGCUGUAAAGUUGCAGUCUUCCUCGUACAUCGACGCCUUGUUGUACCUUCUCAAUGCUAUUGAGGCGAACUUUGGACAUGAAAAGCAAAACCAGCCGAUGAAUUGUUGCUGUUGUAAGAAACUGUCGUUUAGUUUAACUGCAUUCUGUGCAGAAUGUAGUGGUUUAAUUUGCAAUGACUGCGUAAGUCUUCACAACACRAAGAAGCACAAAAACCACACUGUAGUCAUGCUGCAAGAGUUCRAUGAAGACAACUUAGAUAAUUAUAUCAAGUCGCAAACUUUCUGCCAAGAAACUCAGUUUCAUGGCAAAAAUGGCGUGAAUAAAAGGAUAUAUUAUUUCUGUAAAGAAGAGGGCUGCCAACUUUGCAUUUGCAGAAGAUGCUGCUUGCUAGAACAUCAAAAACACAGAUUACUUAGUCUUGACGAAAUGGUUCAGAGAUUUGAAAAGAAAACUCAAGAUGAUAUGUUGAAAUUACAACAAUUGUCAGAGAAACUCGAGGAGGAUUUGAUAGACUCUCAGAAACAGAUGUCACGGGUUGAUCAAGAAAUCAAAGUGGCAAAACAGAAGGUACGCAACGCGGUCGAAACUGUUGUAAAGAAAGCUAAAGAACAUGAAGAGACCGUCAUUCAAUCUUUGGAGAAAAGACUCGAGGAUUACCGCGCUUCAUACACCAAAGAACAAAAUGACAUCAAAGAAAGAAAAAAGCAGUUGGACGGCUUUACAGCGCGCUGUAAAACUAUGGUUGACAAGAAUAAAUGGGAACUUGUGCGUAUUCAAAAAAAUCUCAACCAUUUUUGCCAGACGUUUGUSGAAAGGCCACCAGUCGCUUCCAAGGACAUCAAGCGAAACUUGACAGUUCAUUACGUUACAGACUACGUCAUCUGCCAAUCAGUAAAGGCCAUGGGUAAGAUAGUGGAAAGCGUGACAGAUCAAUCUCACUGUCCAAUAGAAUCCUUGAAAGAACCUCGUUACAGCUUUGUAAAUGACUCCGAUUACGUGACGAGGAAUUCUAAUGGUGAUAUGUCUAUGGCAACAAGAUGGAAAMGGACUUUYCUGUGGAGCAGGUCGAAGUCGAUGUUGUCUUUAAAUGAGAUACCUUCAAGAUUGACUAGGGCUUAUUCAGUAUCGUGAGAAAAUGGCUCUUUGUCGGUCUAGUUUCCAGGCUUUUCCUGCUCUCGCUCGGCCUAGAACUCUUGGGGUACUAUGCUCGAGUUCUCCUUAGUGUCAUCGGAUUGAUGCUAUUAAACAUUAUAAUGGAAAAGUGCUGUAAUAUUGUUUUGUUUCCGGACGCUCUGCGAACAAACAAGGACCAAUAAUCAAAAAUUAUGCUAACAAAAGCCCCGCUGAAAAAAUUAAAUUAGCUUUACACGUUCUCAUCUGAGAAAUCCAAUUUCGCUUCAGAAUCUCCCCCGGUCCCCGACGGUGAAAAAACUGAUUUCAUGAACGUGUCAUUCCACGCCGUUAAUUAACAAGUUUUCUUCUUUUCAAUACUCUAGUUGCUAGGAAAUACUUAACAUAUGUCUGCCAWUUGAUUAUUGCUAUUUUAAUCAAUGUAGAAGUGUCUAGAAGUUGUUACGGUUAAAAAAAGACUUUUCAUGGCUUGUAACUUGUCAUUUUUUGUUUAAAUACUAAGUUUUGCUUCUUCUACGUCAGUUUUUUUUUUUAUUUUCCGAGCUUUCGGACAACUUGUCCAUCAUCAAGGCAAAAUGAAAUUACAAUGUCUACAAUGCUUUCAUUUUGCUCUGAUGAUGGACAAGUUGUCCGAAAGCUCGGAAAACGUCAAAGAAGCAAAACUUAGUAUUUAAACAAUGGAUACUACGUACGAUAACAUUUUAACAUUGUCAUUUUUUGUCAUCUGUACUGAUAAAAGAUUUUUGAGUAAUUACCUGAAGAACGCAAUUUGCUCUUGCGCAGCUGUCAUUUCUUAUCUAUUUGCAAAUGAUACUGUACAAUAAAGAUUGCCUUAUUGUU